AUGUCUUGUAGUAACAACUUUUUCCGUAAUUUUUCAAAAAUUGUUACAAAUUACAUCUUAACAAUGAGGCAGCAUAGAGUGUAUCAUAACGAAAUUAACAAAUCCUCAAAAAUAGGGAAGCAUAUAAAUAAUGGGAUUAAUAAACAGAGUAAUAAUAAUAUUAUUAACAGGAGAAAUAUCAGCACCUCAAAAAUAAAAAGCGGUAAUAAAAUGAAUAUGAUAUUAUAUAAAAAACAUGGUCAACAUCUUUUAAAAAACCCAGGUAUUUUAGAUAAAAUUAUAUUUGCAGCAAAUAUAAAAAGCUCAGAUGUAGUACUAGAAAUUGGUUGUGGUACGGGUAACUUAACAAUUAAAUUGUUACCAAUAGCUAAAAAAGUAAUUACUAUAGAUAUUGAUUCCAGAAUGAUAAAUGAAGUUAAAAAAAGAUGCCUUUAUGAAGGCUAUAACAAUUUAGAGAUAUAUGAAGGGGAUGCUAUUAAAACAGUUUUCCCUAAAUUUGAUAUAUGUACUGCUAAUAUUCCAUAUAAGAUAUCAAGUCCACUUAUUUUUAAAUUAAUAGCACAUAGACCGUUAUUUAAAUGCGCUGUAUUGAUGUUUCAAAAGGAAUUUGCUGAAAGAAUGCUUGCUAACGUAGGCGAUAGCAAAUAUAGUAGACUAACAGUUAAUGUAAAACUUUUUUGUAAAGUCAUUAAAAUAUUUAAUGUAGAUAGAAGUAGCUUUAACCCACCACCAAAAGUGGAUAGUAUUAUUUUGAAACUUAUUCCAAAGGAAAAUAAUUUCCUUGUAAAUUUUGAUGAGUGGGAUAAUUUAUUAAGAAUUUGUUUUAGUAGAAAAAGAAAAACACUGCAUGCUAUUUUUAAAAGAAAUGCAAUAUUAAAUAUGUUAGAACAUAAUUAUAAAAAUAGCUGUACUUUUAAUAAAAUUGUUCCAAUUAAUUACCCUUUUAAAAAAUACUGCCUUGAUAUUUUAAAAGAUAUAAAUAUGUGUGAAAAGAGAAGUGUCAAUUUAGAAGAAAAUGAUUUUCUAAAAUUGUUACUAGAAUUUAAUAAAAAAGGGAUACACUUUUUCAACAUUUCCAGUAUUAAGACUAGUGAAAUGAGCAAUGUUUUUUUCAAUGAUGAAGAGGGAGAAAUGAGCGAAGAAGAAGUAAAUGACGACCAUAUUGACCAAGGGUGA